AUUGCCAAUGUCAUCGGCGACCAUUUAUAUAUCUCUUUCAGUUUACUGUUCAUUUGUAAUUUGUGUUUCAGUUUUUUUGUUGAAAUCUUUCUUGAUUGCGAACUUUGAUUCAAUGUUUUUAGGAACUUUUGAGAUGGGGAACACUAAAACAGAAAUCAACUUGAUGAGGUUACUCGCAGCUUCACCUCAUCAACAAAAUCAAUCAAAGCUCAUACAUGUAUGUCUGAUCUAUUCGUAUGUUGCUACUCUACGAGAACAAUUAGAAGAACUAGCCGAAAAGAAAACCCCAGAUGGAUUACGAAGAGUUUCAAAAGUGCAGGUGAAUGACUAUUCAGAGAAGGUUGAAGCCAUUGCUUCCAAAUUGGCCAUCCCAGUGUUAACUAUGCAAGAAUCUCAGAAGCCUUUUGCUGUAACUUCUGUCGAAGAAGGCCCUUCUAAAACCUGUGGCGAAAGUCCAAUUCUUCCUUCUCCUAAAUUGAGGAGGAGAUUUAUGCCCCAAUCAAACAUUGAAGAUAAAGCUCAUAAUAGUGUUGAGACUCAUCAGUCAGCUUCUGUCAAAUUGGAUGCUGUGGAACAGAUUCAUAUUGAAAAGCACAGGUACUUCCCGCAUUUAGACACAUUGUUGAGAAAGCUUCAGGAUGACUUGACAGAUGAAAUGGCUGGGUUGGCGCAGCAACUUAAAGAGAGCAGUCUCAUGAUGAAUCAAUCCAUCAAAAAUACUGAGAAGCUGGUUUGACAUUUGGGUAUUAAUUUACAACAUCUAUGACAAUUUUACGUUAUAUAGAUGUCAGUAACUGUGUAUUACAAGAACAUUUUGAAAUUUAAACUAUUUGACUAGAAGUGAAAAUGCAUCUUUUAAUCAUGGGGCUGAGACGAGUCACUUACUCAAGUCAUUUGUAAUUUUUACUCCACCUUGUCUUCCUUAAAAUUCCAUGCUAAUGACUAGAACAUAUAAUGUUGUUUGAUUAGUACAUAUGCAUUUACAUUCUAUAAACAUAUAGUAUUUCUACCAUUCUGAGAAGCUGGUAAAUUGCGUUUACUUUAUUUGUCUUCUUCUUCUUCUACUUCAUUUUUUCCCCCCUGCUGAUUUACUUAAAAUUGUCCUGGUAUUUAAUUGUGCAUCUUUUAUCCUAUUCCUACAGAUUUUAAUUUUCACGUUUAUUUGACUUUAUGACUUUAUAACAUUAGGUAUAAUUGUUACGAGGUUGUUACGGUUGAAUUGAGGUUUGAAAUUGAUAUUAGGUUGAGCUUUUUGUCAACUUUGAAAAUUUUAAUUAUCAUGUAAUUGUUAGUCUAUAUCUUGGCAUAUCAUUAAGUAAACCGCCAGAACCACCAAGGCCACCCAGACAAACACCACCAUAACCAAUUGCCCAACCAUUCCAUUGCAUAUUGUUACGGCUUUCAUCACUGAAUAAAUGCCCCCACCACCACCGCUGCCACUACCACCAUCUCUUCCAUCUGCAGUGUAGCAAAAGCACAACCACUGCAGCUGUCCCUCCAGUGCUAAGUUAGCACUGCCACCUCAUCACUGCACUGCCACAAAUACUACCUUCAACUCCAGCUCAUUUCACCUCCAACUCAACUAGACCAUGUAGGUGCCAUCAAAAGUACAUUUAUCUGCACAUUUACCUGCUGUGUGAUGCAGUUUUUCCUAGCCCUAUUCUCCUCCUAGGUUCCUACUGAUUGUGAAAAAAAUAUUGAAAAAUUAAUCCAUGGCUACCCAUCUGAUGUCUUUGUUACUGCUUUUGGACGAGGAUCCUCAUAACUUCAAUAUUUUAAUAAUGGAUCGGUUGUUUCAUUUUUCUCCUUUGAGAGUAUUGGAUUGUAUUAUGACAUAUAAUCAACUACUCUCAUAGCUCAGUUG